AUGUCUCUCGCCCAGCACGUCACCCAGGCCGAAGGCUUUGACUACGAACGUCCCACAGAACAGAUCGAAUCAACUGGCAAUGGUGAGGCUAUCUUCGGCACACUCAACCCAUCCAACACCGAGAGUAGUAGUGAUGAGCCGCAAUGGAGACGACUGAGCUUUGCGCCUAUUGAGACCGUACGCGCCGAGAAGCCCAUUGCUGCUUACAAGGUCUCUAACACCAGACGAUGGGUACAAGUAGCGACUAGCAUAGUGGCAUGUUGGCUAGCUGCGGGCAUUGUUUUCGGAUUCGCGGCCCUCAAACCUGUUCUCAUCGCCGAAGGUGUCUACAGCGAUCUUUGUGAUGCCAACGAUCCGGGCGCGGUGGAUAACGGCGACUACAUUCCAUGCACCGAGCAAGACCUCAGGUUGAACUUGUUCUUCAUCGCCGCCUCUGUUACAGCAAAUGUGUCUUCGCUGUUGGCCGGCUCUGUCCUUGAUCGCUAUGGUAGACGAGUUUGCUGGAUCGCCUCCUGUGUAUGCCUCACCCUAGGAUGCCUCCUCAUGGCAGUCUCACGCAACUUCGCCUACUUUGACGGGUACUUCCUUGGAAACAUCAUGCUUGCCCUCGGUGGAACCUUUGUCUUUGUUUCCAGCUUCCAGCUCGCCAACGCAUUUCCCAAGUACAGUGGACACAUCAUCGCACUGGUCACCGGGGCCUUUGACGCGUCGGCUGCUGUGUUCCUAAUCUACCGUGCGGCAUAUGAAGCGACAGAAGGCAAGCUCUCACUUGAGAAGUUCUUUUGCACCUACAUCGCCGUUCCAUUGCUAAUUCUUCUGGCCGAAUUCGCGUACAUGCCCGUCCGGUCCUAUCAUUCAAUUCCUCAGCUGGAACAAAAGAUUGAGAAAGCUCAAGACGAGACGCACGAUGUACAUGAGUCCGAUGAUGAAAUUGACGACGUAAGGCAAUUGCGCAAAUUACGCAGUGCUCGAGCCGAUCGACGGUUGUCAAAGCUUGGCCAAAUUGAGGAAGUCACUGGCGAUGCUGAGCAGCGUGAAGAGCGUGUCAAGAUAAACGAGGAGCGUCAGGAAGCCAGUGGAGUCUGGGGAGUUCUGCAUGGUGUUCCGGCCCACCAGCAGAUCCAAAGUCCAUGGUUCAUCCUCAUCUUGCUUUUGACGAUCGUUCAGAUGUUGAGGAUGAACUACUUCAUCGCGACUAUCCAUGCGCAAUACCGAUGCAUGUUGGGCUCUGAGGCCGACGCCAAAGACAUCAAUCGUUUCUUCGAUAUUGCCUUGCCUGUCGGUGGACUGCUUUCCACCCCAUUCAUUGGGAUUCUCCUCAAUAAUCUCAGUGUACCGGCAACCUUUGGCGCGCUGACUACCCUGAUCUUUGCCAUUGGCCUCCUCAAUUGCCUACCCUUCGCGUGGGCGGGCUAUGCUACAGUUGUCUUAUUUGUCAUCUUUCGCCCCCUAUACUACUCGGCCAUCUCGGACUACGCAACAAAAGUCUUUGGUUUCGCCACUUUCGGUCGUAUCUACGGUACGAUUGUGUGCGUCUCAGGCCUAGUAAACUUCGCGCAAUCUGGGCUGGAUGCUCUUACUCACGGUCCCCUACACUGUGAUCCCACGCCUGUAAACGUCACGCUUGGCGCAUCAGGCACCAUAAUCGGGGCUUUUUUAACGGCAUUCGUCGCUAUCAAAGGUCGCACUUUCGUCACAGAAGAAAAGCCUGAGUUGGAUGCCGUAGAAGAGAGACAGAGACUACUGUCAUCGGCUGGACAGGGCUAUGGCAGUCGGGAAUGA